ACCAGCUGCUCGCUGGUUUCUCCCUUGCCUCCCGCGUGCACCGAAGAUGGCGGCCGCUGCGGGAAGGUUUCUCUGGUCCUCGGUUGCUCAGCAUGUGAGUGCCAUUUCCCGGGGUAUUUCUGCCUCAGCGUUUCUUAGGCCUGUUGCUUCUAGAAGAACCUGCUUGUCAGACGUAGUGUGGUCUGCCUCUGCCCAAACAAAGUUUGCCUUUAGCACCAGUUCCUCAUUCCACACCCCGGCUGUCACCCAGCAUGCACCCUAUUUUAAGGGUACUGCUGUUGUCAAUGGAGAGUUCAAAGAGCUGAGUCUUGAAGACUUUAAGGGAAAAUACUUGGUGCUUUUCUUCUACCCUUUGGAUUUCACGUUUGUGUGUCCUACAGAAAUCGUUGCUUUCAGUGACAAAGCCAAUGAAUUUCAUGAUGUAAACUGUGAAGUAGUUGCAGUUUCAGUGGAUUCCCACUUUAGCCAUCUUGCCUGGAUCAAUACACCAAGGAAGAAUGGUGGCUUGGGCCACAUGAACAUCACGCUGUUGUCAGAUUUAACUAAGCAAAUAUCCAGAGACUACGGAGUGCUGUUGGAAGGUGCUGGCAUUGCACUCAGAGGCCUCUUCAUUAUUGACCCUAAUGGCGUCAUCAAGCACCUGAGUGUCAAUGACCUCCCAGUGGGACGCAGCGUGGAAGAAACCCUCCGUUUGGUGAAGGCAUUCCAGUUUGUAGAGAGCCACGGAGAAGUCUGCCCUGCCAACUGGACACCAGAGUCCCCUACGAUCAAGCCAAGUCCAGCAGCUUCCAAAGAAUACUUUGAGAAGGUCCAUCAGUAGGUCAUCCCAUGGCUGGUGUUCACGCAAAGCUUCUCAUGCCAGAAAAGAGCCACAGCUGGAAUCCUUUCAGUGACCUGAAGAUUAUUUAUAGAUGGCAAAUCGUCAUCAUGCUUCUGUUUAUGAGUGCUGCCCCAUGGGCUUUGUUUUGUAAAGCAGGCUCGGGCUCUCUAAAGAUGGGUAGCUGCUUCCAUAGCUAUCCUUACUAGGCACUUGUUGAUGGCUAACCGAUUCCCCCAUUUCUUAGAUCAUGUCUUCAAAGGAUUAGCAUUCUUCUCCUUAGCCUGCUCUGAACAUCGGUUUACAAUGCAGUAGCACAUAACACCGGCACUGAAAGCUUCUGAUCAAAGUCUUGAAAUUUCCUCUUGAUUUUUUUUGUGAAUUAAAUUGAAUUUCCCCAUUAUUUUUCUUAUUGUAUUCCUUAACUUAUAGUGUCCAUAGAUAUUGAUGAGGUAUAAUCAUGAAGGAUUGUGUCUAAUCCAAUGGUUAUAUUUUUAAAACCAUAAUCAUUUUCUUCAAGUGCUGGAUGUAAAGUAUAGUAUAAAAAUAAAUAUUUGCAUUUUU